GAACAUCGUGGACCCACACCGCCUCACACUCCGCCUUUUAAAUACACGCCAUUCCCUUCUUCCCUUCCCCAUCUCGAUCUCGCAUAUCUUGCCCGACUCACCGAGCAAAGCAUCCGCGUCGAACGCUCUCUGAGAUAUCUGGUAGAAGAAGGAACUAGUUUGUCGAAACUAAUUACAUGGUUAGUAACACAGAGGUUCUGAUCCCAACUGCUUUUGAUCCCUUUGCUGAGGGCGAGGACAGUUCCAUUACCAAAGGAGCAAAGGAGUAUGUGCAUAUCCGCAUCCAACAGAGGAAUGGGAAGAAGAGCCUGACAACAGUGCAAGGGCUGAAGAAGGAGUUCAGCUACAACAAGAUCCUCAAGGACCUCAAGAAGGAAUUCUGCUGCAACGGCACUGUGGUCCAGGAUCCAGAGCUUGGGCAGGUGAUUCAGCUCCAAGGCGAUCAGCGCAAGAAUGUUUCUCAGUUCCUUGUCAAUGCUGGUAUUCUGAAGAAAGAUCAGAUCAAGAUUCAUGGUUUUUAAGCUCCCUUUAUCAGACUGAUUGAUUGCGCGUGUGUUUGGUAGUGGUCGUUUAUCUCUACUACUGGUGCAGUAGAGUUCUGUUUGUUAGAUUUCUGUGUUGUUCUAUGUUCUUGCCCAUGAUCAUGUCAUCAUGGCACCCAUGUUGAUCUGGAAUUGUAAUCGCGAACGUUCUUCCAGUAAUAAAUAUGACUUGUACCUUUGUGUUAAUACUGCUUCCUUUGUUUUUGGUUUUUUUGAACAAGUACAUGUAGCCAAAGUUGUGGAGCAUGACUAUUCCAGGUCUGAGUGAGAAGUUUUCUUCUCCUUCCAUAAAAAAGAUGUUCUUCACUU